AUGAUUGUCAGCGUGCCAGGGUAUGCCGGUGGACUGUCGGCGUCUCUGCCAGGUGGUGGCAGCGUGACGGGCGCAGCAUGGGAGCGACUCGGAGCGGAGCUGGUGCUGUCGGCGCUAGUGGCUGCCGCCUACUUCGCAGCCAUGGAGCGGCGCUGGACGGGAGCUGCACCGGCACUGCUGGGCGCUGCCUACUGUGCUGCUAGCUUCGUCUCUAUGCCGUCACUGAAUCCAGCUAGAUCGCUAGGACCGUCAUUCGUAUUGUCUCGCUGGGAGAGCCACUGGGUGAGCUGGGUGGGAGGACUCGGAGGCGGUGUGGCCUCCGCGCUGCUGCACGAGUGGGGCGGCCGACGAGCAAGGGGCGCGUCAUCACGUGCCUCGUCUCCUCGAGACCUGGACGAGCUCGACAAGCCCGCCUUCCCUUCGCAUCACCACUACCGCCACGCUCCUACGUACUGCGCCGCAGCUCCGCGCCCUGAUACCGCCGAGCCGCUCUACUCCGGCACCAAAUCACUCUACUGUCGCUCACCUCCACCUGCCAGGCAUGGCUUGCAUAGAUCGCAGUCAGUGUACAGUAAGGGUAGCUCCGCCACAAGUGGGGCAGCCAGCAGUGCAGCGGCCACCAGUGCAGUGGGCGGGGGCCCGCUGGUUGCGGCCACGUCGCUAGUGCUGCGCCCACCCACACAUACACACGCUCAUCACGCUCUAGCACAUAACCAGAAUGCCCACAACGCCCAACGAGAUCCUCCGUACGGCACAGCCAACGGUGUUCGCCCAGGACCAGCAGGAGCAGCCGUAAACGAGAGGCGUGAGUCAGUAUACAGCGGGAGCGUGGGUGGCACGAGCGCGAGUGGCGCGUCGAUGGGUGCGAGCGGCGUGGGCGGAGCGCGGCGAGACGACGCGUACGGCACGUACUCGCGCGCGCCGCACUACCGCUCCGCGCACGCACAGCACGGGCUGCCCGACCACUACUAG